ACUUGCUGCAGUAUAAUCUUGGAGGACUUCCCAAUACUUGCCAAGGUCUUUACUACUGCAAUGUCUUAAGUGGAGUCAUUAGAGGAGCUUUGGAAAU